CCGCCGGAGAGAGUGUCCGCUAGUUCCGAUGAAAGAACUCAGUCGUACCUCGGACUGUAUUUCAUAACCCGGGUUGGUCAUCCUUCCACAUGCGCUGACACGUCUCCAGAUACUACACACAUCCCGUCGGGCGGCGGAGGGAACAGCUACUUGGGCUGGUUUGACACAUUGUGAACACACGCAAAGAGACGCGCUGAGGGGGAAGAUGUUGCUGAAGGAGUACAGGAUAUGCAUGCCCCUCACGGUAGAGGAGUACCGGAUCGGGCAGCUGUACAUGAUCAGUAAACACAGCCACGAGCAGAGCGAUCGAGGGGAAGGGGUGGAGGUCGUCCAGAAUGAACCCUACGAAGACCCGACGCACGGCCAAGGACAGUUCACAGAGAAACGAGUCUACCUCAACAGUAAAUUACCCAGCUGGGCUCGAGCAGUGGUUCCCAAAAUCUUCUAUGUGACAGAGAAAGCGUGGAACUAUUACCCUUACACCAUAACAGAAUAUACUUGCUCAUUCCUGCCCAAGUUCUCCAUCCACAUAGAGACAAAAUACGAGGACAACAAAGGAUGCAAUGACAAUAUCUUUGACACCGAGCUGAAGGAGCAGGAGAGGGAGGUGUGCUUCAUCGACAUUGCCUACGAUGAGAUCCCAGAGCGCUACUAUAAAGAGUCUGAGGACUUGAGAUAUUUUAAGUCAGAGAAGACGUCACGGGGGGUGCUUCAGGAGGGCUGGAGGGACACCCAGGAUCCCAUCAUGUGUUCAUACAAACUGGUCACUGUCAAGUUUGAGGUGUGGGGUCUGCAGACACGAGUGGAGCAGUUCGUACACAAGGUGGUUCGCGAUGUGCUGCUGCUGGGCCACAGACAGGCGUUUGCCUGGGUGGAUGAGUGGAUUGACAUGACAAUGGAUGAGGUGAGAGAGUUUGAGCGCGCCAUCCAGGAGGCCACCAACCAGAAGAUCGGGAUGUUUCCCCCGUCCAUCUCCAUCAGCGAGACACCCCUGUCCUCCUGUGCCCUCACCGGCCCUGCCAGCGCCCCCUCCACCCCUAUGUGCACUGAUGCGCCUGAGUCCCUCUCAGUCCCCAAGGACCGACCGCGCAAAAAGUCUGCUCCGGAAACCCUGACCCUUCCCGACCCUAUCCCAAGUGGCGCUACCCUGAGCCCACUGCCCGUUUCAAACCACCUCCAGUCAUCCACACCGCCCUCCUCCAACUCUGAUCAUCCUGAGAUGGACGAACAGUAGAGGGACCUCGGGAUGUCACACACCUUGCUUAACUUAAUCCCCUAACCCCAUUGUCUUAGUAGCCCAAUGAGACUAGCCUAAUCACCAAACACCAGUGCCCAGACAUUCAAGUUCUCUAGCCAUAUCCAAUGAUUUUCCAUAAUCCUGGACACACAGCAGUCACUCUAAAAGUCUUCAUCUUGUCAUUGAUACCAUCCAGGCAGCUGUAGGCUCAGCCACCCUGACUUGACUGACUUCCUCUCGCUGUGAGUCGAGCCAGCUACAUGUCUUAUUUCUUAUAACAGCCACCCUUGAUAUCUGAUCAAAACAAAGAGCAUCCAUAAUUAUUUUGGUCUGAGCAGCAGUUCCUUGUGUUAAAUGAAUAAAUUAUUCCCAUUGUUUCCUUAGUUAUGUUUUCUUCAGUCAGGCGAGCUGAUUGCUUUUAAACUAUUGAACUAUGAAGUAGUUGCCUUAGCACCACAGAGCCAGUGGUGUUUAUUAGUUGUGACAAUGUGUGCAAAUGAAUGAUAAAUAUCGUCCCUUUUCCAUCUGUGAAAUGUCUGCAUGUAUUACAUUAGAAAUUAAGUCAGUGAAGAUUAAAUCAAAGGAUGGAUUGCUCCCUUCAGCUUGGGAGCAACUUGCUGCCUCAAGUGGAGGAGUUUAAAUAUCUCGGGGUCUGGUUCACGAGUUAGGAUAAAAUGGAGCGUGAGACUGAUGGGUCAACUGGUACAGUGUCAGCAGUAACGGGAUAGACCCAGAACAUGCUGGAGAGACUACUUACCUCACCUGGUGUGGGAACACCUUAGGGCCCCCCAGGAGGAGCUGGAAAGCAUUGCUGGGGAGAGAGGAUAUCUAGACUACCUUGAUUAAGCUGCUGCCACUGCAACCCAACUCUGGAUAAGCAUUAGAAAAUGGAUGGGUAGAUGGAUGAAUGAAAUCAAUGACACAAAGUGGAGUAGCACAGUAGAUCUAAUAUGUUAGACUAACACACACCAAGAAAGACAUCCAAGUGCCCUCAUGAAACUACCACCUAGCAACUGUGUCCCGAGCCAUCCAAACUGGUCUGUGAAUCAGAUUGCAUCCAUCCUUUUCCACCCCAAACUCCAAUUAUACAACAGAUGCAAGAUCAGUACAAUCACAGAGUGUUAACACCUCAGGUCUCCCUGACUCUACCUGGCUCACACUCCAAAGGCAGGGAACUUACUGUACCUUUCUCUCCCUGCUUAUUGCCAAACAGCCACAUUUUAUACCUCCACAGAUAAUACAAUACAGCAACUAUUGUAUGUACUAUUACCAGUCUACUUAACCCUUAGAAUGUUUACACAUAAGAAACCUUGGAGCAUUUGCAUAUUAGCAGUUCUUAACAUUUUAGGUUAAGCUGUUGUUAUAUCUGCACUUGUGGUUUUUAGCAUGACAGUUAAAUGAUUCUAAAAUUGAAUUUGUUGAAGUUUAGUACUGCAUAUAUCUUACUCGAGUUAACUGAGAAGUCAGUACAAAAAAAAAAAAAAAAACUUAAAUCAAAUGUUGCCUGAAACUAAUGCUGGACAUCUCAUGUGACAUAAAUGUGAUCCAAUUUUAUCAAAUCAGCAAAUCACUUUAAUGUCACAUGUAGGAACAAGGCCAUUUUGAGUUUUGAGGAGUUUUUAAGCAGUGACUGAUCUUGGUGCACAGUGGAGGCAAUGAAAACCCAAAGCUUGAUUUGAGAAUAAAGGGCACGUGCAUCAAGCUGACUUGAGUAUGUGCUUUGUUAGCUGCAUAGCAUUUGCAGAAGCGCAGAUAUUUUUCUUUUGCCAGUGCUGGUUGGUAAUACUAAACCAAUGCUUUGGAGAAAAACAAAAUGAUUUUGAAAACGGAAUAUCCUUUGCAGUAACCCAUUGUACUUCUAAUUUACAUCUAAAACCCUAAAGGAGAAACAAAUACGCAAAGACAGGAAGUUAUUCUUUGAUGGAAAACCCUGUUUUUCCAUACAAUGAUAUUAGUCAAAGAAAGGGUUUUUAUAUGCUGCAUGGAAUGAUCACAACAUAUAUACAUAUUAUGUGACGUAUAUAUAUGUAUAUACUGUAAAUGGCUGGAUUGGUACAGUACAUUUGGUGAUGCAACUGUUUGAGAAAAGUGAAUACUAACUUUGGAAGCUCUGUAGUAAUUUUGUAUAAUAGAAAAAGCAGAUUUUGAGUGAAACGUUAGCAUGCCCAGAGAAUAUAUUGUAGGCCUACAGACUCUUUCAACUCAGUGCCUCUGCAUGCAACAACUGUAUUGUCACCUACAUAUGUGUAAACCAAAAUCUCUUCUAUUUCAGCUAUAGAAACAAAAUUUCAUUGUAUUUCUUUGCUUGUUUUCUAUCUCAGAGGUUGCAUUUAACCUAGAAUAAAAAUGGUCUGCAGCCCCUCAACAUAAUGAGAGCAAAUCAAUCAUAUCAGACUACAUCAUCAAACAUUCAAGUAACAGGGCUAACUUGUUAAUUUUCGUUCGGGAAAUUGGUAAAUUUUUGUUCCCCUAUUCACUUCUAACUUUACAGCGCAAAUGCAUUUUGCACUUUCCUGUCUUUGACACCUUAUUUGACAAUGAAGGAAUGUGUUGCUGCGUUUGUAGGACUAAAGUCCUCUAAUACAGCAUAGUGACUUCAAAGAGAGCAGGUUGAAGAGAGAGUCCUCAGUGGUCUUGCCAUAAAAUAUUGUUAAUAUUAUGUACAGUUUCUCACUUGCUUUUGUUAAAAAAACAAAACGAAACAGACUGUAGCUAUUUAUCUGUAAUUGUAGCUUUUGUCUUUGCCUUUUGAGGAUAAAAGUGUUAUAUACCACUGGCCCAAUGUAUUGACCUGUUAUGUAUAGACUAUACAUACUUACAACUCUGGUAUUGACCAUCUCUCUUGUCAGGAACACGAGAUCCAGGGAUAUGUUUGAUCUACCAUGGGCUAUUAAAAAUAAUGCAAAGUAUCCAACUGUGUAACAUUAAGCUCUGCUCUGUUUAAAAGAGUAACAUAUUAGGUAUUGUAAAUACUGUUGUUAAUGACUAAUAGAGUAGGUUUCUUACAUUGAAUCUGUUUUAAGUUGCAUUGCUGAUGUGACAUGAAUGUGGUCAAAGUUUUCAAAUAGACAGAAAGAUAUUCUUUCGUGACUGUGUGAUAAUGACAUCUUCACAGACAUGAAUUAAAGAUUUGUUUUAAUCUAGGAGUAAUAUGUGUCUGUAUCUGUGAAGUCAUUGUCAUCUAUUGAGGAUACUGAAUUCCAUUAAGUUUAACUCUUCUCAAUAGAGUAUCAAGACUCCUCAUUGUAGUGGUGUACUGUUGACUCUCCAGUUGCUUUUGGUGACCCUGCAGGGCAAAAUGAUCUGUACAAGUUGUAAAACAAAAUGAAGCUUUUCUUUUUAGUGGGGUGGCCGCUUUGACGUUUACUUGCCAUAUUAAUGGAAAGGUGAUUGGCUUUUCUGUUGUUUCCUUUCUUGCUGUACUUUGAUUUUGUGGUUGCUAUAUUGCUAUAUUGUUUGAAGGAAAAUCUAAAUUUGUUUAUCAUUAUUUCUUUGGAUAAAAGGACCAAGCUCUUCACUCCUCCUGGUGUGGUUUGCAUUCUGCCAGGCUGUUGUGCUGUCUCCUGAUAACUGGGACCUGUCUCACCCUCAAGGAGUGCUGAGUUAGUUGGUGAACUGCGCUGAGUAAAACCACAAACAGUGUAUUCUGUCUGUGCCAGAGAUCACAUGUAUUUCUAGCUUAUUCCGCUUUCUUCAGUAAUCCUGAUCGGUGAAACAGGACCCAGAAGUGCCAUUCUUGAUCGGCUGCUGGAAGUCGCUCUUAGUUCUUCCACUUUAACUAUUAUUGUAUUUGUUAUAUUUUUACUGCCCUUUGAGGUUCAUUUGGUUCUUUGUUGUAAUUAUUGUUUUACUCUUACUGAAAUAGACAAAUAAACUUUACUAGCUAU